AGAGCUCAAAGUUAGGACUUCUUUUUGUAUGUUGACUUCCAGAAAACGUACCUUCGUUGGUCUUUUACCCUUGCCGCAUACCUGAGCUUGUUGCCACACCUUACCUCUAGGCUUGCACGUACAAGCGCUUUGAAUCAUGUCGCUUCAUCUGGAGGAUGAAAUCAACCAGCAGUAUGGGAGCAAGCAGCGGGUUAACCACCUGGAUGCGAAGAAGAACCCCCUGCUUAUCUCAAUCCUUGACGCCGUGGACACACUGAAGAACAUGGAGGCGCAGGGCAAGCUCCCACACGACGCAAUCACAAACGCAAAGGGCCUGCUAACGAUGAUGACCAACAAGGUCGGCUUCGGUGUCUCCGUAACUCAAGGCUAUGGCCUGGUGGUAGCACGACUGCCCAACAGCCCCAACGGCUGGUCUGCUCCCCUUCCCAUCAAGGUCGACGGCUUCAGUGUGGGAGCGGUGAUGGGCUACAGCGAGCAGCACACCAUCAUCAGCCUCGCCACUGACGCGGACAUCCAGGCCUUCCUCAAGGACAAGCGCGCCAUGAAGAUCGGUCUGGACUUCGGCCUCAACCUGGGUGAUAAGGUGGACAAGAGCGCGGCGCUGAACACGCAGACGGGGCAGACGGAUGCGUCCAGCGGACUGAAGACACGCAUCUUCACCAUUUCAAAGGGUGUGAUGCUGGAUGUGUCCAUGCAGGGCACCAGUGUGGAGCCCGACACGGAGGACAUGGCCAACUGCUACGGCCAGCAGGUCAGCCCGGGCGACAUCCUGACGGGCCGCGUGUCGCCGCCGCGGGAGGCCACGCUGCUGUACAACAUGCUAAAGCAGCUGAGCAACUAGGGGGGUGGGGGAGACGAGGGAGAGCGGGAUGUGGAGGCCGUCGGGGAAGAGGUGGAUGAGGAGGAGGUGUUUCUGAAAAAAGAAUGUAAGAUGAGCCUAGGAGGAGGAGGAAGAAUACGCCUGGUUGAAUUGAACUAGGCAUAGGAGGAGGCGGUGGUGCAGCUGAGAGGAACGGGUGGAAGGGAGGAUAGUCAAGGAGGGUGCGGAUGGAGUCGGCUGUUCAGCUGAUGCCGCCCGCAAGGCUCCACCUUGUCCGUGCUGAGGGGAGGUUACUAGCGCUCGGGCGUACUGCCUGCGCUCAAAUGUGAGACGCAUGAAGACCAUGAUGCGGUGCCGUGUGCUGUGGUGGGAUGCUCAUAGGUGCAGCAGGUGUUUCGUUUGGUUCACAGCCGGAAUGUGCACUUGCAAGCCGCAGCGAACCAUGUGUCGGGGCCGGGCCGCCCGUCCAAAGUGGGCGGCAACCGGGGGAAGGUGUUGCUGCAACGCGAGUUGCUGCAGGUGACAAAAAUCAGAUGCAAAUGCCCGUGCUGAGCUGGACAACGCUGCCAUGUCAAUAAGCCCAAAACUG